UAAAGAUUAUAAAAUAGUAGUAUAAUAUAGAUACACACAGAGAACAAGGCCAACCAGAGAGAGCCACAUCAAGAAACUAAGAACCCUUUUUGCAGGGGUGGUGGUUGAGUUUUUAGGAGAGAGAAUUGAAUUUAGAAUUGAAUUUUGAAACUAAACUCACCUGCAGUGUGUGUGUUUUGUGUGUGUGAAUUUCUGUGUUGGUUUGGCUGCCUCCCAAUGGCUUUGCUUGGUGGUGGUGACUGUGCAGCACCAGCUUUGUGUUUACUAAUUGUAUGGAUCACCACUGUGUUCUCCUUCUCUCAAGGUGUGCAGGAAGAGCAUCCGGCGGAAUAUCGGUACCCGUUCAUCAGACCGGCCAGCUCAUUCUCGUCUCAGCCGUUGACCGCCGCGUACGACUACAUAAUUGUGGGCGGAGGGACGGCGGGGUGCCCGCUGGCGGCGACGCUGUCGCGAAACUACACCGUUUUGCUGCUGGAGAGAGGAGGGACGCCGUUUGCGAACGCGAAUGUGUCGUUCAUGGAGAACUUCCACAUAUCUCUGGCGGAUAUAUCGCCGACGUCGGCGUCGCAGAUGUUCAUCUCCACCGAUGGGGUUUUCAAUUCUAGGGCCAGGGUUUUGGGCGGCGGCACUUGCAUCAACGCCGUUUACACCCGGGCAAGCGCAAGUUAUGUAAAGAGUGUAGGAUGGGACGAUAAACUGGUAAAUGAAUCAUACCCGUGGGUCGAAGAUCAAAUAGUUCACCGCCCGAAUCUUGUACCGUGGCAGAAAACAGUGCGUGAUAGCCUGGUCGAAAUCGGAAUUUCACCUUUCAACGGUUUUACGUAUGACCACUUGUACGGAACCAAAGUCGGUGGGACCAUAUUCGACAGAUUCGGCCGCCGCCACACUGCCGCCGAGCUUCUCGCCUCCGCCAACCGCCAAAAUAUCCACGUUUUAGUGCAUGCCUCCGUUCAGAAAAUCGUGUUCGACACAAAAACAACAGGGAAGAAUCCGAGAGCGGUUGGAGUUAUCUUCAAAGACGAAAACGGGAAGACACACAAAGCGGUUCUCUCGAAGAGACAAGGUAGUGAGAUCAUAGUAUCGUCCGGUGCAAUCGGAAGCCCUCAUUUGCUUCUUCUUAGCGGCAUCGGUCCGAAAAAAGACCUCGAAAAAUUCAAUAUUCCAGUUGUGCUCGACAAUAAAUUUGUCGGAAAAGGCAUGUCCGAUAACCCCUUGAACACAAUUUUCGUACCGAGUAAAACUCCGGUUAAGCAGUCUUUGAUACAAACUGUCGGAAUCACGAAGUUGGGAGUGUACAUUGAAGCAAGCAGCGGCUUUGGUCAGUCUUCAGACAGUAUUCAUUGUGACCACGGCAUUGCUUCUGCUGAGAUAGGACAGCUGUCGACAAUUCCUCCAAAGCAAAGAACGCACGAAGCAAUCCACGCGUACAAGAGACAAAAGAAGAACCUUCCGCACGAAGCGUUCAAAGGAGGUUUCAUCUUAGAAAAAAUAGCGAUGCCACUCUCGAAAGGCGAGAUUAAAUUAUCGAACACGGUAAUCGAAGACAACCCUUCGGUCACGUUCAACUACUUCAGCCACCCCGAUGACCUGGCACGUUGUGUGGACGGUAUACGAGUCGUGGAAAAGAUGCUCAAAUCGAAGCACUUCAGCGAAUACGCACAAUUGGAUCAAGACACUGUCGACAAGCUUCUGAACAUGAGCGUUCACGCGAACGUGAACCUCAUACCAAGGCACACAAACGACACGUCAUCGCUCGAGCAGUUCUGUAAAGACACUGUAAUUACGAUCUGGCAUUACCACGGAGGGUGCCACGUGGGCAAGGUGGUGGAUCCCGAUCAUAGGGUCAUUGGAGUUGACCGCCUACGUGUCAUUGAUGGCUCCACUUUUAAAGAUUCUCCUGGGACUAAUCCUCAAGCUACUGUCAUGAUGAUGGGCCGGUAUAUGGGAGUGAAGAUUUUGAGAGAGAGAUUAGGGAAAGAAGCUGGAGUUUAGUGACAAAGUAGAAGAGGUUGAGUUUGUGUUUAUUAUAGGGUUAAAAAAAAUUGUUAUGAUUCUUUUUUAAUUAAUUAGUUCUCUUGUUUUUAUUUCUAGCAAAUUUAUAUUAGAGAGAGAGAACUUGCUAAUUUAUGAUGUGAAAAAAGAAAAUUAUUGCAAGUUCUUUGUAUGUGUCUUAAUUCUCAUGAUGCUGUUAUGCUUUAUGUAUUUCCUAAUGGAGUUUUUUAUGCUGUUCAUAUUCAGAACUUGUAAUAAUGCUUUAAAUGUACAUGAAAACAUUUAAUAAUUAUUUUUUAAAUUUACAUCA